AUGAAUUUCGAUAGGUUUAAUCCUCUAUCGAAUUAUUUAUAUUCUUCUGGUAAUAAAAAUUCAUCUUCCCCAGCAACAAAAACAGCAAAACAGGGUUCAGAAUUGACAGUGCCGACAGAAUCAACACAUCAUAAUGUUGUUGACGACCACGACGACCUUGGAGGUGAAAUGAGUGAUUGGGGCAUUGAAGAAUCAACUCAAACAACUAAUAUUAAAUCUAUUAACAAUUUGAAUAGUAAUAAUAAUAAUAAUAAUAUCACUCAUGGAUUAUUAUCAUCACCUUCAAUUACAUCAAAUUCUACAACUACAUCAAAUCAUGGAAAUUAUAAUAAAAUAAAUGGAAUUCAUAUAAAUCAGAAUCAACACCAAAACCAAAACCAAAACCAAAACCAAAACCAAUUAAUUGAUGAUUUUUUCCCUCUACCUCCUCCACAACCAUCAUAUAUACAUAAUCAACCACAACAUCAUCAUCAUCAUCAUCAUCAUCAAUCACAAGUAUCGUCACUGCAGCAAAACCAUUAUUAUAAUCAUCCAUUACGUAAACUAAGUACUACGCUGCUGCUGCAACCAAUUUCAACACCAAUAGGACCUGAAUCUGAAUCUGAACCUGAUUUCAAAUAUUAUUAUGACACACUCAUAGAUAAUCAAAUAUCAUUUAAUACUGAAAAUUUUAGUAAAUUUAUUAAACGAUAUUUAUCAUUAGAAAAUAAAUUGAAUGAAUUUUGGGAAAAAUUUAAAUAUAAUUUAAUUUUAUCAAAUUUAUUAGAAGAUUCAAUGGUAUUAUCUAAAAAUGAAACUAAUCUCAAUAAUCUAGAGCAAAACAAUAAUAAUACUAGCCCUGAUAAGGGGUUGCAAAGGUUUAAUGGCAAUUCAUUCAUUUAUUCAAUUAAUGAUGAUGGAACAAUAUUAAAAAUUUUGAAUCGACAAUAUGAAUUGAAUUAUAAUUAUAAUUAUAAUAAUAUGAAAAUCAUUAUAUCGGUGAUAUUAAUGAUAAUUUAUUUAUUAAAACAACAACAAUUAAUGUCAUAUCAACAUCACCAUAAUUAUGGGUUAUCAAUUAAAAUUCAAUUUAAAUUAUUUAAAAUUAUAAUUUAUAUAUCAAUGAAAUUAAUUAAAGUGAAAAAAUUUAAAUUAAUAAUUGAAUCAAAUCAAAUUUUAUUAAAUUUACAAAAAUUUUUAAUAUUAAAUUAUAAAAUUAAUAAAAAAUUAAUUAUUCAAUUGAUAAAUCUAAAAGGAGAUCAAUUGAAUUUGAUAUCUAAUAGUAGUGGUGGUGGUGGUGAUGGAUUUGAACAACAAUUGAAACAAUAUUUAUUUAAUAUUUUACUGUUAUUGAAUUUAAAUUUACAAAAUUCUAUAAUCAAAUUAUUACCAUUUAUGAAUGGAGAAUUAUUAGAACAAUAUUGUUUAAUGAAUAAUAUUAAAAUUGAUAUAUUAAAUCAAGAUAAUGAAAUAAUAUCAACUGUUGGACGUGGUUAUACUUUAGGUUCUAAUUCUAAUUCUAAUUCUAGUUGUUUGGAUAAUGUUAAAUUUCAUUUUAAAAAAUUUGAUAAUUUGAGAAAAUUAUUUAUUUGUCAAUUAUUAAUAAUUAAUCAACCUUCAAAACCCAAUUUUUUUUUAUUUAAAUUAAUGGAUCAAUUUAAUAUCGAUGAUUCAAAUUCAAGUUCAAGUUUCAGUGAGAAUUUUUUUAAUAAUUCUGUUCCUAUUUUUGAUUCAUUAAGAUUAAAAAUUAUUCAUGAUUUAUUAAUUGAUCAUAAUUUAACAUUAUCAAAUAUCAAUGGAUUAUUUGAAAAAUUUGAAUUUGUCAACCAAAAGACUUCUACCAUAGAUACCACGUCCAAUAAUACUACAACAAAAGAUCUUGUUAAUGACUUGAAUAAUUCAUUUCUGUCAAAACUGCAUUUAGAUGAAUUAAUUAAUAAAUUAUCAAAUUUAACGAUUAAUUUAAAAUAUUUUCAAAAAUAUAAUAAUUCAAUUAAAAAUUUCCAUAAUAUUGAUGAACAUCAAGAUAAAUUAUUAAUUUUUAAUCAAUUUAAACAAGAUUUAAAUAAUAUUAAAUCAUUAUAUAAAUCAUCUUUAAUUGAUUUAAAUCAUGAGAUUGAUAAUAAUCCUCAAAAUUUUAUCCUACCAGGACCAGGAUCACCAACAAAUACCACCACUACAACUACAACAACGACAAUUUCAAGUCCAACAAAUAGUAAUGGGAAUCGAUUUAGUUUAAAAGAAUUUUCUAUAAAGAAACGAUCAUCAAUAACUACACCCACACCACCACUAACAACAACACAUAGUAGUAAUGGUAAUGGUAAUGGCAAUGUUAAUGUUAAUGUUAAUUCAAAAAGAUUUUCUGGAGCAUUUACGGUGAUUCAACCAAAUAGAUUUUCUCUGAUUACUAAUAUUUCCGAAAUUGAAGAUUUUAAUAUAUAA